GUCAUGAACGUCCAGUUCAUCUACUAGACGUCCAGUAUCGCAUGCAUCCUGAAAUCGCUCAUUUCCCCUCUAAACACGUGUACAACGACAACAUACAUACCGACAGUUCUGUGUUCAAGCGUUCAUUUCCAAUCAAGAAACCCUACGCUUUGUUCAACGUUCACGGCGGCCGAGAACUCAACGACAGAAAAGGGUAAACCUUAAAUCUACGAUGUAAUAAACAAUGUUAUCAAYUGUGUUCAGAAAAGAACGUUUGAUCAAAUCUCGAAAAGCAGCAUGAAUACCAUGAAUACCGGAAACAUCGAGAUUUUUACGCGAUUUGUGCCACGUCAAACGUCUGUUUUCGUCAUCGUCGCUUCUAUAACUUCAUUUAUCGAAAAACCGACAUGCAUGACAGACGCAGAAACGUCCAGAUUUGUACGCGUUUAUGACGUCAAACGUUUGUUUCGUCAUUGUCACGUUUAUGACAUCAUUCGUCAAAAAAACCCGGCAUGCAUGACAUGCGCAGGAACUACGCCGACUUUUGUAUAAUUUAUGACGUCAAACCUCUAAUUCGUCAUUGCUACGUCUAUGACA